UCAAUGGAACUCUGCAAGUCUCGGACCUUGCACUGCUGCAUGAUUUUGCAGGAGUGGAACCUUAGGUCAUGCUUCACAGUUGCACGAUCUGUACUUCCCAUCAAGGUGGCUAUUCCCAUGAUGCUGUGGUCUAUGCAUUACAAAAAUGUGGCAUUCGUCAUAUUGACACAGCAAAAAGAUAUGGCUGUGAAUCUCUUCUCCAAAAAGCCAUCAAAGACAGUGGUGUGAAGCGAGAAGACCUCUGGAUAACUACCAAACUGUGGCAUACUGAUUAUGGCUAUGAAAACACAAAAAAAGCCUGCCUGGAGUCAUGUAAAAGACUUGGUGUUGAAUAUCUUGAUCUUUAUUUGAUACACUGGCCUGAUGCACGUGUUCCAGGUAAAAGCAACCGAGAGGUCCGAGCUGAAACUUGGAGAGCCAUGGAGGAGCUCUAUGAGAAAGGUUUAUGUAGAUCAAUCGGUGUAAGCAACUUUCUUAUCAGUCAUCUUGAGCAGCUAGAGGAAGACUGUGUGGUUACCCCACAUGUUAAUCAGGUUGAAUACCACCCUUUCCAAAGACCUCAGGAGCUGGUGGAUUAUUGUAGGAGCAGAAAUAUUAUUUUCGAAGGCUAUUGUCCUUUAGCCAAAGGUGAAGCGCUCAUUCAUCCUACUGUCAUUCACCUGGCAAAGAAAUAUGGCAGAACUCCAGCACAGAUUUGCAUACGCUGGAGUAUACAGAAUGGGAUUGUGACUGUUCCAAAGUCCAUAAGAGCAGAAAGGAUACAGGAAAACUGCAAGGUGUUUGAUUUUGCAAUAGCAGAAGAUGAUGUUGAAAUUCUAAAUGGCAUGCAUGAUGGCAGACAUGUUUCCUGGGACCCAGGCCUUAUUGUGUGAAUGAAGCCUGUAGGCAUAACAAAGUAGAAGCCCUUCCAGAGAAAUCCAUCUACAAAUAAGCUGAUUGCAUGACUUCACAGUUGAGCAGCAAGCUCUAAGAGCCAGAUAAAGCAGCAUCUUCAUUAUUACUAAUCUUUUUCUCCUACUUGAAAUUCUGGUGAGUUUUGUUUAGCUUUUAUAAGCAUUAGCUUAGCCUUCACUUUGUAUUUGUCCAGGUAAUCUCAUUAACAAAUAUACUGUUUCCCAGGUGUUAUUGUAAAAUAUGUGUGUGUAUAUACAUAUACAUAAAUAUAUAUGUAUGUAUACACACACACACACACACACACGUAUACUCACAUACAUUGUUUAUAGAUAUGUUUUCAGACAUAUACCUGCAGGGUCUUUUAUCCACUGAGUAUUUGACUUCUACUCACAUUGGUUUGAUAUUUUAGGAGUUCCUGUGUCUAGAAAGGUAUGGAAAAUCUGACUAUGAUUUAUAUUGUGUGUGGACUUCCUGAGGCAGUUUUCCCAGUGCUGUUCUGCUUUAGUCAUAUCAUGAAACAAAGUUUCUUAGUUUUUUAUCAAGAAACAACUUACAGCAAUCAUGUAUUCUAGCCUGCAUUGUUUGUCCUCAAAGCAGAGCUUCUAUACAACUUGACUAAAAUACAGACAAUUUUUUUUCUUUUGAUAAUAACUCCUUAGCAUAAUCAGCUGGUUAAUAUUUGUAAACAUUUCAGAGAAAAUUUGACUAGAAAAAUUUGAACCGUUGUAUCAUUUUAAAAAUACAAGGUGUUGUAUGAAAUGCUGCCCUCACUAAUACCUGUAUAAUGUACUGUCCCAAGAAAGAGAUGCAAUCUACACAGUAAAGGUUAUUUUCCAGCUUUUCAACUGUGGCCUGCAGUUUGGGGUGCUCCAAUAUCUGGGAAUGCAAGUUUAGGUGUCUAAAAGUUGCAGUGUAUCUGGCUUAACUGGUGUGAUGUGGGGUCCAAUAUUUCCAAAAAGUAAUACAUAUUUAUAAAAUUCAGGUCAUUUUUAGGGUUUUGUAGCAUUUGCAAAAAAUGACGGCAGACUCGGUGAAAACCAGAAAGAAUUCACACAGAUAAACCUUUCUACCUCUGCGUAUCAGCUAACUCUUCUGAAAAGUCACUUUAUAGGAAUAUGCCCUAGUGUAAUAGUUUGCUCAGAUUUUAGCAGUAGGACAAAAAUACAGUGCUUAUACUAUUGUACUUUUGCUUCCGUACAAUGUAUCAGAAUUCAUAGCACAGUGAAUCACUUGCCCAGCGUUCACCAAAGUGGGUGAGGUUUUUUUUUGCCAGUGAAGAUGAAGACUAGUUCAGAAACUACAGAGGAGAAGUUGGAGUUUUACCUCUAGUUCUCUCUAAAGAAGUAGUUAUCAUGUCAACAUACUAUCCCCUUUUCAAGUGUAAAUGAUGUCUACAAAGUGAAACAGACCGACCUCUAUGUAAGCUAAUAAGUUUUUUGCUUUAGUAUUACCAGGACGCUAUUAAUUAAGAUUAACUACAUGGUUGGAUGUCCCGUAUUAGCCUGAACAGCUCUUAUUUUCCUGCACUCAUUUCUGACUACUUGCCUCCCAUGUUCUGAGCUAAACAGAACUAAACCAUUUUCAUUCUAAUCCCCCAUACAGAUGACUGUAGGUUACAGUGAGGAUGGCUUCCUAACUCAUUAUCGUAUUUUAUUAUUCCCUCUGUCAAAGAUAUUUUAUUCUUGCUUUUGCAACUGCUUUUGCUAGGAAGUCAAGCCACCAUGUUAUCUGAUCUACAUUAUAUCCAAGCAAUGCAGUGAGUAACGAAAGGAAUAAUCAGAUAGAGACAGUACUUGCUAUAAAAGCCUAGUUCUAGUUAAGGAACAGUUAUGGAAAGUUACAGUUUUAGUCCAAUACUCACUUUUCUAACUACCUUCAGACUUAACUAUUGUUGUUUCAGGAUUUUUUUCUAGGGUGGCUUGUUUUUGUUUUUGUUUUUUUUUUUAAUUAUUUUUUCCCUAGCAGUUCCUUUGCUACUUGGUAGUGGCUUUAGAAUUAUGGAAAUAUUCCAUAUUUCCAAUAUAUGGACGUAAGAGUUAAAUUUUAAGUAGUAACUAUGUACAAAGUCAAGUGUAUUUUGAGCUAAUAUGAGCUUUUUAAUUGCUAAGACUCAGCCCACCCACGUUAUCUUUCUCCCAGGUGUGCUGUGCUGUUUUACACAUUGUGCCAUCACUAAUCACCAGCAUUGUUUUCUGCUAGAAGCUGCAGCUCCCUCGAGAGACUGGAAUCCUGCUAUCUCCUGCCUGCUUGGAAUAUAAUGCAUCUUAUCAAUGUGGCUUGCUUUCCUUUGAAUUACAGCUUUCACAAUUGUGCUAGUUAAUUUAGAAGCCUUCCAAAUCCUCUUUAGGUUUUGAUCAGGUUGCACAGGGAAAGACUAACUCAAUGGAUUCAUAUUUUAAACUCCUCUCUACAACUAAAUUGAUGUUACAAAUGUGGAAGAUAGUUUUCUUUUUAAAUAAAGGCUACUGCAGAAUGAUAAGCCCACAUAAAGUCUUCUAAACCAACAUUUCUAAAGUACAACAAAUUUGAUCAAAAUUUCAAGGAAGUAAUACAACUAAUAAGCAAUUGGAAAGUGAUGAAAGUCAAUGAGAUUUAGGGUUGCAGUGAACAGUGAUGUCCUGUAAUAGAAGGAGAACCUAGAAGACCAAAGGCAUGUAGAAGUGCUGAACAUACGAAACCGGGAAGUUUAACUCCAUUCUUAAUUUCCUCUUUGAUCAGUUCCCUGGAGGUGCUCAUUUUUAAGACUUUCUUUUUUAACUCAGGAUUUCAUCUCAAGUGAAUCUUUGAAAGAUACAGUGCACGUUCUUUCCCAGGGCUGAAACUCCUCCUCCUGUCCUUACUUGCAUAAUACAAGCUUUCUCUAAAGAGAAAACUUUUAUACCUUUCUGCAAUUACACUUGUUAAGAUAUAGCAAUAUAUGCAUUUUAUCAUUGUAACCAUCAUCUUGCCGAUAGGACUAGGAACUGCUACUGAAAGUCUAAGGCACUUUUUCCUCCAUGUUAUGUAAGUUAUUUAUGGUCAUGAGGGCACCCCUCUCUAGUUAAGAUAAAUUUUAUCUUAUUUAAAAUAAGAGUUUUGUCAGUAUUAUCCACCUAAGUGCAGUCAUCUCUC